AUGUGUAAUGUCAGGUUUGGUAUAUGCUGCAAGUGUGCAAUGUGUGAUGUCAGGUUUGGUAUAUGCUGCAAGUGUGCAAUGUGUGAUGUCAGGUUUGGUAUAUGCUGCAAGUGUGCAAUGUGUGAUGUCAGGUUUGGUAUAUGCUGCAAGUGUGCAAUGUGUGAUGUCAGGUUUGAUAUAUGCUGCAAGUGUGCAGUGUGUGAUGUCAGGUUUGGUAUAUGCUGCAAGUGUGCAAUGUGUGAUGUCAGGUUUGGUAUAUGCUGCAAGUGUGCAGUGUGUGAUGUCAGGUUUGGUAUAUGCUGCAAGUGUGCAAUGUGUGAUGUCAGGUUUGGUAUAUGCUGCAAGUGUGCAAUGUGUGAUGUCAGGUUUGGUAUGUGCUGCAAGUGUGCAAUGUGUGAUGUCAGGUUUGGUAUAUGCUGCAAGUGUGCAAUGUGUGAUGUCAGGUUUGGUAUAUGCUGCAAGUGUUGUUACGCAAAUUCCAGUUAA